AAUUUUUCUAUAUCUAAAAUCACAAAUGGAUCGACUUGACGAAUUUAAAGGAGAACUCACAACUUUCCCUGAAAAUGAAKAAUCCGUACAAAUCGGGACUACCGGAUCUAUUCCAAGAUAUGAGGUACGUGGAUCUCCACUUCGAAUCGUGAAAACUUUCAUGAGGUCUUCCUCUUUGCUGAUGGGGUUUGCAACCGUUUUAGUCGGACUGUGGGCCGAUCGACGCAGAUUUCCGCGUGUGGCGUUUGCCUUGGUUUUCCUCAUUCCUGAUAUUUACAAUCUUAUUCAGUCUGUGGCUUAUGGGAUUGUUUGCCCACGAUUGCAAUUAUAUUCUUUYGAUAGCUGGUUCUGCGGGAAUGAAACUGGGAACAUGACUUCCUCAGCUGUYCAUAUCCAYGGWUUGCAAGUUCGCAUUACCAAGAAAGAUUUACUGGAUUUUGUAUUGAAAUUAGCGCAACCCGUAUCUCAUUUAGCAUUCCUGUGGAGCGUUUGGAUGUCCACUCGGAAAGACGAAAAUACUAUUCGCCAAAGUCACAUAAAAAUACUUGUGAAACCUGAACAAUGGCUGAAGGUCAACUGCACGAUUUUUCUGUUUUUCUUCGCCUUGCUGUCAAGUACCUUGUGGCAUAUUAUCAGCAAUCUUGCAGGCAUUCCUCCCUACCUGGUGUCAUCCACAAUUUACUCCAUUUCUCUCUGGGCCAGCCUCCUGACAUGUUGGGUAUUUGGGGCCUACACGUCAUCAUUAGAAACUAUGACGUCACGCCUCGAACAGGGCAUCACAACGUCAGACGACCUUGAUGACAUCAUCAAAUUUCAUCAAAAGGUUUGCARGAAGAUAUUUGCUACAGCAGACGCAUUCAAGACUUGGUUUGUGAUUCACUGGGCUUUGUAUACARKUUUCUGUGUUGUUUGGUUUGCAAAUGUUGUGUUUUAUUACGAUAUUUUUUCUCAAACUCCAAGUACUUUAUUUCGGGGA